AUGGGAUUUAAGAACAUAAUAGUAGCUGCAUUAAUCACAGCAAUUAUAUUUGGAAUUAUAACAGAUGUCUGUGGUAAACGUGGCAGAGGGAGAAGUAGAUCAAAAAGCAGAGUGCAGAUUGGAUUACCUAUUACAGGAAAAUACAGAGACCCAGAAUCUGAUCAAUACUACAAUCAUAAUGAUGGAGCAAAAAUAGUCAUGGCAUCACAUUUCGAUUAUGAAUAUGUACUUGGGCACAAAAUAGUAUUUGUUUGUGUAGCCAGAGGAAAUCCGAGGCCUCAAAUCACUUGGUAUAAAGAUGGCACUGAACUGUAUUAUCAUUACAAUCACCAUGUUCAUGAGUGGAAUAUUGCCGAAGAUAGCAUUAAGUCUAAAUUGGAAAUUGAUCCAGGAACACAAAUGGAUGCUGGUGUGUACGAGUGUUCAGCUGACAAUAAAUACAGUAUUGACCGAAGAAGUUUCAAGACAGAUUUCAGUAUAGCAUUUGAAUCAUAA